AUGGCAACUUCUCAGCCUGGCCUAAAUGGUCAACAAGAUAUCAAAGAUCACACCUCCGAUCCCGCACUCUCCUCGUUAUCACUUUCUUCCAAAACCAUCCACGCAGACGAUUUCCUCAAUGAAAGUCAAGAUGUCGCGCCACCUCUCCACGUCUCCACCACUUUCCGCUACAGUAACAACCCAGACGAUCUCGUUGCAUUGAGUGAUGUAGAUCCACAUGCACCUCACGAAGGCCAUAUAUAUUCCCGCCAUACAGCACCAAACACCACACGCUUCGAAGCAAUCCUGAGCAACAUCCUCAACGGCCCCACCCUAACCUAUGCAUCUGGCCUCUCUGCCUUCCAUGCCCUUUUGGUAUACCUAAACCCAAAGCGCAUUUCGAUUGGCGAAGGCUACCAUGGCUGUCAUGGCGUGAUUGAUGUCCACACCAAACUCACCGGUCUGAAGAAAAUCCCUCUUGACUGUCUUGCCGAAGAUCUUCAACCCGGCGAUAUCAUCCACGUGGAAACACCACUCAACCCCCAAGGAACCGCCUACAACCUCGCUGCUUUUGCCGCAAAAGCUCAUUCGCGCGGUGCUUAUCUAUCCGUCGAUGCUACAUUUGGGCCUCCACCACUCCAAGACCCCUUUCUCUGGGGCGCGGAUAUCGUCAUGCACAGCGGAACCAAAUACGUAGGCGGACACUCCGACAUGUUAUGUGGAAUUCUGACCGUGAACCCCAAACAUGUUGAGAAUGGAUGGUUUAAAGGAUUACAAGAAGAGAGAUUAGUUCUCGGGAAUGUCAUGGGAUCACUGGAAGGAUGGCUCGGCAUCCGCAGUGUGCGGACUUUGGAACUUCGCGUCAAGCAACAAUCUGCUUCGGCGCAGAAACUGGUUUCGUGGUUGGAUAACGCGCUGAAAUCGGACGAUGCGGAGACGGAGGUUGUGAGAAAAGCUGUGCUGAAGAUUGAGCAUGCAAGUUUGCAGACGGAGGAUAUCAAGGAUGGGUGGUUGUUGAAGCAAAUGCCAAAUGGAUUUGGGCCUGUGUUUUCUAUUAUUCUAAAGGAAGUUGGGUUUGCGAAGAAGCUACCAAGUCAGCUGGAGUUGUUCCAUCAUGCAACAAGUUUGGGGGGUGUGGAGAGCUUGAUCGAGUGGAGAGCAAUGUCGGAUGCGACUAUUGAUCGGAAAUUGUUGCGGGUCAGUGUGGGGAUUGAGGGAUGGGAGGAUUUGAGAGAUGAUUUAUUGCAAGCUUUCAAGGCAUUGGUGGUUGGUAAUUAG